CCAGAGAGCCGAGCGAGCUAGAGCAACAAAGGAGCCGGGUAGUUGGCGGGGAGAGUCCCGGGGCUGCGGCACAGAGCAGCCAAGUGGGCGUCUGGGCCGUAGGCUGGCGCGAGGGUGGAGCCGGGAACCUAGUCCAGCACUCCCGGCCCGCGCCUGGCCUCCAUCGCGGGGCCGGGAGGUGGUUUUAAUGGUGGGAGAAGGAAUGGGGCUAGAGAUUGGGGGCCCAGGGGGCUCCCGCAGCUGAAGAUAACUAGGAUUGCCAGGGGAAGGGGUAGAGAGUUGUGCAUCCCGGCCCGAGCCUCCACCGCCCAACAUGGGCCCCGGGUUCCAAAGUUUGCGAAGUUGGGCGCCUAGGGCCCGCGGCGCGCAGAGCGUCCGGGGGGGCCCGGCACCGGACUCGCGGGGCGCACUGGUCGCCUGAGCUGCCCCCGAGGCCCCAAGGGUUGCGCGUGUGGCCUGGGGGCUCCGGAGAGCGGGCGGGGGCUCCAGGGCUUCUGCUGAGUUGGCGGGUUUGGCCAUGGCCGCUGACCGCCUCGCACGGGGGCCGGCGCUCCUGCUCCUGGGGCUGUUGCUGCUGCUGCUGCUGGGGGGCCCGGGCCGGGGGGCGGCCUUGAGCGGGAACGCGACCCGGCCUGGGCCGCGGAGCGCGGGCGGGAGCGCGAGAAGGAGCGCGGCCGUGACCGGCCCUCCGCCGCUGCUGAGCCACUGCGGCCGGGCCGCCCCCUGCGAGCCACUGCGCUACAACGUGUGUCUGGGCUCGGCGCUGCCCUACGGGGCCACCUCCACUCUGCUGGCCGGGGACUCGGACUCCCAGGAGGAAGCGCACGGCAAGCUGGUGCUCUGGUCGGGCCUCCGGAACGCCCCCCGCUGCUGGGCAGUGAUCCAGCCCCUGCUGUGUGCUGUGUACAUGCCAAAGUGUGAGAACGACCGGGUGGAACUGCCCAGCCGCACCCUCUGCCAGGCCACCCGUGGCCCCUGUGCCAUCGUGGAGAGGGAGCGGGGCUGGCCCGACUUUCUGCGCUGCACCCCCGACCACUUCCCCGAGGGCUGCCCGAAUGAGGUGCAGAACAUCAAGUUCAACAGUUCGGGCCAAUGUGAGGCUCCCUUGGUUCGGACUGACAACCCCAAGAGCUGGUACGAGGACGUGGAGGGCUGUGGGAUCCAGUGCCAGAACCCGCUCUUCACCGAGGCCGAGCACCAGGACAUGCACAGCUACAUCGCGGCCUUCGGGGCUGUCACGGGCCUCUGCACUCUCUUCACCCUGGCCACAUUUGUGGCUGACUGGCGGAAUUCCAAUCGUUACCCUGCUGUCAUUCUCUUCUACGUCAACGCGUGUUUCUUCGUGGGCAGCAUUGGCUGGCUGGCCCAGUUCAUGGACGGCGCCCGCCGGGAGAUCGUCUGCCGCGCUGAUGGCACCAUGAGGCUUGGGGAGCCCACCUCCAACGAGACCCUGUCCUGCGUCAUCAUCUUCGUCAUCGUGUACUAUGCCCUGAUGGCCGGCGUCGUCUGGUUUGUGGUCCUCACCUAUGCCUGGCACACCUCCUUCAAAGCCCUGGGGACCACCUACCAGCCUCUCUCGGGCAAGACCUCCUACUUCCACCUCCUCACCUGGUCGCUCCCCUUUGUCCUCACUGUGGCAAUCCUCGCCGUGGCCCAGGUGGAUGGGGACUCUGUGAGCGGCAUCUGUUUUGUGGGCUAUAAGAACUACCGAUACCGUGCUGGCUUCGUGCUGGCCCCAAUCGGCCUGGUGCUCAUUGUGGGAGGUUACUUCCUCAUCCGAGGAGUCAUGACCCUGUUCUCCAUCAAGAGCAACCACCCUGGGCUGCUGAGCGAGAAGGCAGCCAGCAAGAUCAACGAGACCAUGCUGCGCCUGGGCAUUUUUGGCUUCCUGGCCUUUGGCUUUGUGCUCAUCACCUUCAGCUGCCACUUCUACGACUUCUUCAACCAGGCUGAGUGGGAGCGCAGCUUCCGGGACUACGUGCUGUGCCAGGCCAAUGUGACCAUCGGGCUGCCCACCAAGAAACCCAUCCCCGACUGUGAGAUCAAGAAUCGCCCUAGCCUCCUGGUGGAGAAGAUCAACCUAUUUGCCAUGUUUGGAACUGGCAUUGCCAUGAGCACCUGGGUCUGGACCAAGGCCACGCUGCUCAUCUGGAGGCGCACCUGGUGCAGGUUGACGGGGCAGAGUGACGAUGAGCCCAAACGGAUCAAGAAGAGCAAGAUGAUCGCCAAGGCCUUCUCCAAGCGGCGCGAGCUGCUGCAGAACCCAGGCCAGGAGCUCUCCUUCAGCAUGCACACUGUCUCCCACGACGGGCCUGUGGCGGGUUUGGCCUUUGACCUCAAUGAGCCCUCGGCCGAUGUGUCCUCUGCCUGGGCCCAGCAUGUCACCAAGAUGGUGGCCCGGAGAGGAGCCAUACUGCCCCAGGAUGUGUCUGUCACCCCUGUGGCAACUCCAGUACCCCCGGAGGAAAAAGCCAACCUGUGGCUAGUUGAGGCAGAGAUCUCCCCAGAGCUGGAGAAGCGCCUGGGCCGGAGGAAGAAGCGGAGGAAGAGGAAGAAGGAGGUGUGCCCGCUGGUGUCGCCCCCUGAGCUCCACCACCCCGCCCCGGGCCCUGCCCCUGCCUCCAGUGCUGUCCCUCGACUGCCCCAGCUGCCCCGGCAGAAGUGCCUGGUGGCCGCGGGUGCCUGGGGAGCUGGGGAAACCUACCGACAGGGAGCCUGGACCCUGGUCUCCAACCCCUUCUGCCCAGAGCCCAGUGCCGCAGCCCCCAUGGCCUGGGCGCAGGGCCGACGGCAGGGGCUGGGGCCCAUUCACUCCCGCACCAACCUGAUGGAGGCAGAACUCAUGGACGCAGACUCGGACUUCUGAGCCUGGAGAGCAGGACCUGGGACAAGAAGGAGGAACAAAUACCGUUCGGAGGCUCUUCUUCCUGCCUGAGAGUGCUUCUCCAGGGUCUCCUCUUCCUGAGAACCUGAGGGCCCAGUGCCCUCCCGGGAGAGCUCAGUAUGUCUGGCUCACGGCAGCAGGACUGUGGGAAAGAGCCCUGACAUCUCCACGGACAGGCCUUACCCGGGGCGGGGCCCUGGAGCUCAGGGUCCUUGUUUCUGCCCCACCUGGCUGGCAGCGUCAGUCUCCAGUGGGGGUCAUGGGGUAUGCAGAGCUCGUGGUGGGCAGUAAAGGUGCAGGCAGGGGUGACGGUACUCAGAGUGGGCUGUGGUGACCAGCAAGGCAGGCUGCCCUUUUCGGUGCCACUGGGUGCCCUUCCCCGGCACUCUCAGGCCAAAAGUGUUGCUUGUGUCAUUAGCCCUUUGUCCAUGGGAGGACAGAGCUCCUUUCCCCCUCUUCAGGGUGGUUGCGGGGCUGGGAGUGCUUACUCCCAAAGGGCCUGUAACCUUUCUUUAUAAAAGUGUCCAGCUGGCUCCACUCCAGGCCACUAAGCCACCCUGGGUUUUCCUGCACCCUUCUUCCCCUUUCCCAUUUCAGUUCAACCAGGCCAACCUCUUCCCGUUUCCUGUUUGUUGAUUAGGAGCCAGCAUCGCAGCAUUGUCUGUCCUGCCCCCAAACCCCACCCCUUUGCUGCUGGGCUCCAUCUCCAGGUGAGAGAUCGGUUCAGCUAUGGAGCCUGGCGUGGCAUAGAAGCAGUGAGUGACGGGGAGCCUCUGGGCCUCCAAGAGAUGCAUGUUAUCUUUUCCUGUAUCUGUCCAGUGGGGGAUGGAUCCUCUGACUUGAGGGGCUCCCCUGGGAAGCUGCUGACACUUCAGCCAGGCAGAAAAGCUUCCUUCAACUUCCACAACCAGUGGGUGAAGUUCCCACCUCCCAUAACCCCCAUCCGAGGCCCCAGUUUCGAGAACCAGACAGCAGGAAGCCUUAGCAGCUGGCUGGGUUCCAGAUCAGGGGGUAGGGAUAGGGAGACAAAAUAUAAACAGUAAAUAAAAGGUUUUUGUAUAAA